CCAUGAGUUGUAAGACCUGUCCAAGAUGAAACUGCUCGUAUUCCUGGCUCUGGCCGUGGCCGCAGCCACAGCCAUUCCUACCCCAGAGCAAAAGUUGGUCCCCACCCCGGUGAAGGAUGUCAAGAUCCAGGGUCGCAUUACCAACGGCUACCCAGCCUACGAGGGCAAGGUUCCCUACAUCGUGGGUCUGCUGUUCAGCGGCAAUGGAAACUGGUGGUGCGGUGGCUCGAUCAUCGGAAACACCUGGGUCCUGACCGCCGCCCACUGCACCAACGGAGCCAGUGGAGUGACCAUCAACUACGGAGCCAGUCUGCGCAACCAGCCCCAGUACACCCACUGGGUUGGAAGCGGAAACUUCGUCCAGCACCACCACUACAACAGCGGCAACCUGCACAACGACAUCUCCCUGAUCCGUACCCCGCACGUCGACUUCUGGCACCUGGUCAACAAGGUGGAGCUGCCCAGCUACAACGACCGCUACCAGGACUACGCCGGAUGGUGGGCCGUGGCCUCCGGAUGGGGCGGCACCUACGAUGGCAGCCCACUGCCCGACUGGCUCCAGGCUGUCGAUGUCCAGAUCAUGUCCCAGAGUGAUUGCAGCCGCACUUGGUCUCUCCACGACAACAUGAUUUGCAUCAACACCAACGGCGGAAAGUCCACCUGCGGAGGUGACUCCGGUGGUCCCCUGGUGACACACGAGGGCAACCGCCUGGUCGGAGUGACCUCCUUCGUUUCCUCCGCCGGCUGCCAGUCUGGUGCUCCCGCUGUCUUCAGCCGUGUCACUGGAUACUUGGACUGGAUCCGCGACAACACCGGCAUCUCGUACUAAGUGAAUGAGCAGUAACGAAUUUAGCAAAUUUUAAAGAACACUCUGUCUGCAGUCAUUUAGAUUACGGAUGAGAGACUCCAAAUAAAUAAUUGCAAUGAGAAUAU